AAGACAAGAAUUAAAAAAGAAUUUCAAAUCAAUCUCUCUCUCUCUCUCCCCAACCUUUCCAACAAGAAUUUCUCAACUUCUUUACAUUGCCCACCUGUUCUUCACAGCCAUUCUCUUUCUCAUCCACCUUCGAAUUCAGCCAAUUUCCUCACAUGGAUUUCUUCCCCCACCUACAAAAACCCUUAUAAAAUUCACUUGUUUCAGGAUCAUUCAUUUCUUAGUUCUUACCCGAUAUCAUCUAAGCAAGUCGAGCCAAAUCCCACAAAACCCAUCAAAUUUCACCCAAAUCCCUCAUCCCGGUCUCCCCCCAAUCCUCCAAUUCCAAAGGCUUUUGUAGAUACUCGGAGCACCGGCCGACUCCUAUCCUAUCCUAUGGGUCCGACGGAGGAUCCAAAGACGGCCUUGGUGAGUCAACUCUUCAGGGCCAUACGCGACAUUUCGGGUUCUCCCGAGUGUCGGGGCCCGUCGAAGAAGAUGUACAGCAAUUUGGUGCGUAGGGUAAAGCUGUUGAGCCCUCUGUUCGAGGAAUUGAUGGACGGUGAGGACGACGAGCUCGGAGAGGAAGAGGUUCGAGGGUUGGAGUUGUUGAAGGUCACUUUUGAUUCGGCCAGGGAGCUUCUCCGAUCCGUCAACGAGGGCAGCAAGCUCUUUCAGGCUCUGCAAAGGGACAGAAUUGGAGGUGAUUUCUUACGAGUGGCAGAGCAAAUUGAGGAAGCACUGAGCCAAAUCCCUUGUGAUAAACUCAAUAUAUCAGAGGAAGUUAAAGAGCAGAUUGAACUCGUGCAUACUCAAUUUAAAAGGGCUAAAGGAAGAAUGGACUCACCUGAUGUAUUACUAGAUAACGAUUUAGUCUUGGCACAAAGGGAGAAAGAAUCUGACCCUGCAAUCCUGAAACGGCUUUCAGAGAAGCUGAAUCUGAGGACCAUAAAUGAUCUGGAUAUAGAGUCACGGGCUAUCCAUGAUAUGGAUAUCUCAUGCGGUGGAGUUCCUGGGGAUUGCUUUGACAAGAUGAUGUUUCUGCUUCAUAAGUUGAAGGGUUUUGUAGCCAUUGGAAGCCCCAACUAUGAUACAAUGGAAGUUGAAAAGGGCUCGAUGAAGCAUAGAUCUCCUGUCAUCCCAGAUGAUUUCCGGUGCCCUAUAUCUCUUGAACUGAUGAAGGAUCCUGUUAUUGUCUCGACUGGACAGACAUACGAAAGAUCAUGCAUUCAGAAGUGGCUUGAUGCAGGGCACAAGACUUGCCCCAAAACUCAGCAGACACUGCUGCACACAGCCUUAACACCAAACUACGUUUUGAAGAGUCUAAUUGGUUUAUGGUGCGAGAGCAAUGGUGUCCAAUUGCCUAAACAGCAAGGGAAAUGUGGAAACAAAAGAUCAGGGGUUGGUGGUGGUUCGGACUGUGAUCGAGCUGCUAUUAAUACCUUGAUAAAUAAACUUGCAAAUGGUAAUCCAGAACAACAAAGAGCGGCUGCAGGUGAGCUCAGGUUGCUGGCAAAGAGAAAUGCAGAUAAUCGAGUAUGUAUUGCUGAGGCGGGAGCUAUUCCACUUCUUGUAGACCUGUUGUCGUCCACAGAUUCUCGGACCCAGGAACAUGCUGUUACAGCACUUCUGAACCUUUCCAUUAAUGAGGCUAACAAGGGAACUAUCGUAAAUGCAGGAGCUAUACCCGAUAUAGUAGAUGUCUUGAAAAAAGGCAGCAUGGAAGCUAGAGAAAAUGCGGCUGCAACCCUCUUUAGCUUAUCGGUUGUAGAUGAGAACAAGGUAGCAAUUGGAGCAGCCGGGGCUAUCCCAGCUCUUAUAGAUUUGCUCUGUAAUGGGACUCCAAGAGGAAAGAAAGAUGCUGCCACAGCUAUCUUUAACCUUUCAAUCUACCAAGGAAACAAAGUUAGGGCUGUAAGGGCAGGGAUCGUGGUACCACUGAUGAGAUUGCUCAAGGAUGCCGGGGGAGGAAUGGUGGACGAGGCACUAGCAAUUCUAGCCAUACUUGCAAGCCAUCAAGAAGGGAAAGUUGCAAUUGGUCAGGCUGAGCCGAUCCCGGUUCUGUUAGAGGUGGUAAGGACUGGUUCACCUCGUAACCGGGAGAAUGCUGCAGCUGUCCUAUGGUCAUUAUGCACGGGUGAUAUUCUGUAUCUGAAAAAAGCAUUGGAGCUUGGAGCAGAAGAACCAUUGAAAGAACUCUCGGAGAAUGGCACCGAUAGAGCCAGGAGAAAAGCUGCAAGUGUGUUAGAACUGCUCCAACGAGUUGAGGUGGAAGCCAAAGUGUGCGCUCAAGGUUAAAUGUUUUGGCAAAGUUUCUUCUGCGGUUAUAAUGAUUGAUUCAAAGUAGACAAAAGGAAUUUUGUGGCAGAGGGAUGGGGCAUCUCCAUGAAUCAUAUGCAUUUGUAGUUGGGUAAUUUCAGUGUUUUGGCAAGGUUUUCUGUACAGAAGGUGAGUGAAUGGAAUGUACGUAGGAUGGGGGAAUAGUCAGAAGAAGCCAGCAAUCUGUUUAAAAUUCUGACGCCGACUAUAGUACCACUCAGGCUGCUUGUCCAGCAGCUUCAAGCUGUAUUGAUUAUUGCAUUUUGUAUUUGGAAAAUUAAGAUUUGUUGUAACAUAGUGCCUGUGAGCAUCACAGAAGAAUGUUUUGAGAUUAUGUUAUUUUGUGAUUUGGUCUUAUAGGAAACUACACACAAUCUUCUCAAAUAAAUAAAACUCAACUCAGUUUUCCA